AUGGGUCCAUCCGACGAAGGAACUUCAGCAGCUACAACUGGCCCGUCCGACUCCGCCACAACGGGUCCGUCCGACGAAGGAACUUCAGCAGCUACAACUGGCCCGUCCGACUCCGCCACAACGGGUCCGUCCGACGAAGAAACUUCAGCAGCUACAACUGGCCCGUCCGACUCCGCCACAACGGGUCUGUCCGACGAAGGAACUUCGGCAGCUACAACUGGCCCGUCCGACUCCGCCACAACGGGUCCGUCCGACGAAGGAACUUCAGCAGCUACAACUGGCCCGUCCGACUCCGCCACAACGGGUCCGUCCGACGAAUGAACUUCAGCAGCUACAACUGGCCCGUCCGACUCCGCCACAACGGGUCCGUCCGACGAAGGAACUUCAGCAGCUACAACUGGCCCGUCCGACUCCGCCACAACGGGUCUGUCCGACGAAGGAACUUCGGCAGCUACAACUGGCCCGUCCGACUCCGCCACAACGGGUCCGUCCGCCGAAGGAACUUCAGCAGCUACAACUGGCCUGUCUGACUCCGCCACAACGGGUCCGUCCGACGAAGGAACUUCAGCAGCUACAACUGGCCCGUCUGACUCCGCCACAACCGGUCCAUCCAACGCCACUGUGACUGGUCCAUCCGCCGCCGCCGCAAAUUCGGCAGCAGCAACUGGGUCAUCCGACGUCGCCACAACAGCUUCGUCCGACGCCACUGCUACUGAUCCGUCUGAUGCCGCCGCAACUUUGGCAGCAGCAACUGGCCCGUCCGACGAUGCAACUUCUCCUCCCAUGUGGGUCUGUUGGAGGAUCCUACAGAACUGUGUAUCAGCAACCCCUACAGGCUGUCACCUGACCAUGCUGUAUGAGAACACCAUGACACUGAACCACACCUUCACAGCUUUAGGAGUCCACUGUCUGGACAUCAGCGCCCGCAACGACAUCAGCAAACUGCAGACCUACAGUGAUAGUGUGUUCAGAGAAAUGAAAAGACGUCAGUGGGACAGUGGCCAGGGUUGA